UCAAUUCCAAAUAAAUAAGCCGGGUCUUAAGUAUCAAAUUUAUUUGCAUUCUUUUCGCUGCAAUGUUUUUAACUAGAGGGUAAAAUUACAAUUCUGUAAUGUAAAAUUCAUUGAAUUUUGUGUCUGUUUAAGAGUAUCUUGCCGUACUUACCAACACUUAAGUCACAACAACCGCAAAAAAAAAAACCAUUACAAUCACAUUCCUGAAACCGGACUUCACACACCAUUCGUUACACAAUCACUCGCCGAUAGGUCUUGAGGGUGAAAGUCAGAGCGUUGAUAGAAGUCUCACGUUGCAUCAGUCGCGUUUCGUAUCGCGAAAAACGGGACUGAUAAACUCAACAAAAAUACGCUACAAGCACUCGAAAUCAUUUUAAUUCAAGUCAUUCCCCAAAGAUGUCCCUGACGAAGCUCCACAGCAGCAUAUUCCAUCCGACGUUGCGCAAGCUCCAGUGCCAGGACGUGGACAUUGCGGCCCACAAUUUGAUGUAUCCGAUCUUUCUGGUGGAAGAUGACGAUGCAAUUCAGGAGAUUCCCAGCAUGCCCGGAGUGGCCCGGUACGGGAUCAACCCACUUAAGAAGCAUUUGACGCCGCUGGUCGAGAAGGGACUGGCGUCGAUUUUGCUGUUUGGAGUUGUGGAAAAGUUGCCGAAGGACCCCACCGGCACCGGUGCCGACUCGCAGGACAACCCCGUGGUCAAAGCGCUGCCGCUGCUCCGCAAAUGGUUCCCCGAUCUGCUGAUCGCCUGCGACGUGUGCCUCUGUCCGUACACCAGCCACGGUCACUGCGGUGUCCUCACGAAAGACGGCGUCAUCGACAACGAACCCAGCAUCCAGCGGAUCGCGGAAAUCUCGCUGGCCUAUGCCCGGGCUGGGGCGCAGAUUGUGGCCCCGUCUGACAUGAUGGACAACCGGAUUUGGGCGAUCAAGAAGAUUUUGCGGGAGAAUAAGCUGGAGAAUCGGGUUUCGGUGCUGUCGUACUCGGUCAAGUUUGCGUCCGGAUUUUACGGACCGUUCCGGGAUGCGGCCAAAUCGGCACCGGCCUUUGGGGACCGCAAGUGCUACCAGCUGCCGCCGGGAUCGAAGGGGAUUGCACGACGAGCUGCGAAACGUGACGUCGAAGAAGGCGCCGACAUGCUGAUGGUGAAGCCCGGCAUGGCCUACCUGGACAUCGUCAAGCAAGUCAAGGACGACUACCCGGAGCUUCCGCUGUUCAUCUACCAGGUGUCCGGCGAAUACUCGAUGCUGCUGAACGCCGGCAAGAUCGGCGCGUUCGACCUGCGGACGGUGCUGUGGGAGGUUCUGGUGGGAAUGCGCCGGGCCGGUGCGGAUUGCAUCAUCACGUACUUUACGCCCACGCUGCUCGACUGGCUGCGGGAGUAGACUAACCUGCGAUGAUGAGCUUCAAAGUUGUUGAGCGAUUAUUGUACUUGCUCGUGUAAUUUGAGUUUGAUUUCAGACAUCGAAACGGUGUGGGUGUGUGAUU